UGUACUAUAUAGAGGCAGCCAGAGUCAUCUGCUAUCACACACCGAAUCCGAUCGUCUCCUGCAGCGGAACGCAUCUUUUCUUGCAUCCUCCUGUUUUCUGUCUUGUUUUCUUCUUAUUAGCGAUUGCGAUGGUUUUUCCUAAGUCAAUUUUGAUAUUGGCCAUGCUGGGUAUCGUCAACUGCCAAAACGGUUAUCAGUUACCUGUGCCCAGCAAUGCCUACGGUGCCCCUGACCUGAGGGCGGAGGAAUCCGCUGUCGUCGAAGAGCAAGAAGACCCCCUGACAGUCCUGGCCGCCCUUAUCCCAGGGGGCGGCGUCCCUGGGGAAGAUUACCCAAUCCUGUCGUCAGUCCCUGACACAGGAUUCAAAUGCGAAGAGCAGGAGUUCCCAGGAUACUACGCUGACGUCGCUGACGAAGCCAAGUGUCAGGUCUUCCACAUCUGCCAGUUCGACGGCCACCAGGACUCCUUCCUCUGCCCCAACGGCACCGUCUUCAACCAGCAGUACUUCGUCUGCGACUGGUGGUUCAACGUGGACUGCGCCGCCUCUGGGGACUUCGUCAGACUUAACGCCGACAUCGGGAAGGUGUUAGAAGAAACUGAUGCCUCCUCCAGGAGUGAGGUUGCUGCCCCAGGCCAGCUGUACACCGCCCCGGAGGUACGGCAAGAUGAAGGGACGCCCGCGCCCCCUAGCGGUUUCUAUAGUCGCCCUCAGUAGGGUUAUGUAUGCCAUUCUUAAUUUCAUUUAUUACGGAAUGUCCCAGAUAGCCCCUUGUGAUAUAUAAUAUAGAUAACUAUUAUUGAUGAAUAUUCUAUAUAAUAUGUACAGCACAUAUAAAUAUAUUAUAUAUGUACUUUUAUAUGGUAUUGAACAAAUAAAUUAUUAUCCAUC